AUGAGAGUGGCUUGCUUUUUCAUAUUUCCGCCACGUGUCAAUUCCCCUGGAAAUUGGCGACGCGCUCUCUUCGACAUUUGAGUUUGACUCUUAUCUUCUUCACGCGCCAGAAAAAAAGUCAAAAAACUCACUCUUCACUCUCUCGGACUCGUUGUAUAUAUAUAUAAACUUAAAGCGGUAAAUUCUAUUAUUCAAUUCAAAAUCAAGACUCAAGAGCAGAGAGCUAAACCACAAAAAAGAAUCGUACCGUACCGAAUUGAACCGGUUUUGGUUUUGGUGAUGGAGGAAUCAUCAUCAUCGUCGUCGAUGCAGUCAAAGUACAAAGGCGUGAGGAAGAGGAGAUGGGGGAAAUGGGUUUCGGAGAUCAGACUUCCCAACAGCAGAGAACGUAUUUGGUUGGGAUCUUACGACACCCCCGAGAAGGCGGCGCGUGCCUUCGACGCUGCUCUCUUCUGCCUCCGAGGAAGCGGGGCGAAUUUCAAUUUCCCCCAAAAUCCUCCGGUUAUCGCCGGCGGCCAAAAUAUGUCGCGAACGGAGAUCCGAGAAGCGGCUGCGAGGUUUGCUAACGCGGAGGAGGAGGAGGAGAUGAUAGUAGAAGAGCAAGAGUCGGAGUUGGUGAGUGUGCUUCCGACGGUUGGUUCGGGUAACUUCGCUUCGGAUUUCGGGUUGUUCCCCGGGUUCGAUGAUGAUGAGCUUUAUCCUACGCUGAAUGAUAAUUGUGAUUGCUCCGUCUAUCUUUGGAACUUUUGAAUCCAGAAUUUUGCUUUGGAUAUAUAUAUACUAGGCGACUCUUGAUAAAUAUUUAUAAUAUAAAUAAAUUAUAAUAAUUGUUCAGUAUUUUACUUUCAUUUUUAUAAUUAAAAUUAGUUUAUAAUGUAUGUGCAAAGAAAAUACGUAAAAAAAAUUGACUAUUUUUAUGUUGUUAUCUUAAUUUUAGGAUAUAAAUAAAUUAUAAUAAUUGUUCUGUCUUU